AUGACUUCCCCUGAGAAAAGACCUUUCACUAAGGUAGUGAUCAUUGGAGCUGGUUUUUCCGGCUUGGCUAUGGCAUGUCAACUUCAGGCAAAACUCCAUUGCAAUGACUAUGUUAUUUAUGAUCGAGCUGCAGCCCCUGGUGGUGCCUGGUGGGCAAACAAAUAUCCAGGAUGCGCCGUGGACAUUCCCGCUGUGUUCUACAGCCUAUCUUUUGCACCUAACCCCGAAUUUUCGAAGGUCUUUCCCCCACAAGCAGAAAUUUUGGAAUACUUUAACGCUGUUGCGAAGAGGUUCGAUGUUUCUCGACAUGUUGUGGCCAACACGGAAUGGGAGGGCGCUUAUUGGCAAGAGCUUACCAGUACUUGGCUGGUGAAGUUAAGAGAUCUUUUUACUGAUGAAUUCUUCUAUCAAGAAUGUCAGAUGCUCAUUUCUGCCGUUGGUGGCUUGGUUAAUCCCAACAAGUUUGACGUUCCAGGGCUCGACACAUUUGAAGGUGAUAUUGUUCAUACUGCAAGGUGGAAGGAGGAUACUUCCUUGCAUCAGAAGAAUGUCAUUGUUGUUGGUAAUGGCUGUUCAGCAGCUCAGCUGAUUCCAGCCAUUGCUGAUGGGCCAAAGAGUAUAUCUCAAUUUAUUCGCACCCCCCAGCAUUAUCUGGAAAACGACAAUUUUCAGGUGAGCCCGAACUGGAGAGGCAUUUUUCGCCAUGUUCCUGGUGCCCUAUGGAUUCUCCGAGUCAUCGUAUUCCUCUACCUUGAAAGCACAGCUGCCCGGUUUAAUGCAAAAGGAAAUGGCAAAUUGGCAAGAAGCCAGUCGUCUAAGAGCAGCGAGGAGUAUAUCAGACAGACAGCGCCUGGUGAGUCCUCCAAAAAUUCAACACGACGUAUAUUUGACAAUGCAAAGUAUAUCGGCUACCUCCAACGAAACAACAUCCAUCUUACAGAUGAUCCUAUCGUUGCUCUUCGAUCUCAUUCAGUAUUGACGAAGUCUGGUCAAGAAUACCCCGCAGAUGUGAUUCUCCUUGCCACCGGGUUCUCUUUAACGCAUUACGAUGUUGAGCUUCAGGGUCGAAACGGCCGUACUCGAGCCAAUCAUUGGAAGGAUGUUGGCUACAAAGAGGCGUAUAAAUCAAUUGCCAUGGCUGGAUUUCCCAACUUUUUCUAUAUUCUGGGUCCCAACUCUGGUAAAGGUCAUACUUCCACUAUUUAUUCCAUCGAGAACUACGUCGAUUUGGUCACUCAAGUGAUCACACCGGUCAUAAAAGGCGACUCAUCUUCUGUCGAGGUCAAGACUGAUAGUGAGGCUUUUUACAAUGAGAGACUGCAUAUGUCCAUUGCGAAGACGAUUUUCAACAACUCUUGCGGCAGUUAUUUCAUCGACCAAACCACCAACAAAAAUUGGUUCAUCUAUCCAUGGAGCUCCUUUCACAUGUGGUACACAACACACUGGGAACAUACAAAUGACUGGGUGUACGAUGUAAGCUGA